GGACGAUCGCUUCGGAGCUGCAAAACCCGGCGAUCCUCAGAGUUGCCCGAGUGUGUUUGUGUGUUGGUGUUCGCCCAAUUUCAAUCCGGUUUCACGGCCGAUCGCACAACAGCAAACCGGCCGAGAGUGCGAAAAUUGCCAGUGCCCCCUGCAUCGUUGGGUUUUUUCAGCCUGCCGGAUUUAAGGUUUUUUACCAUUAUUCUAGCAAAGCACGAUGGCUGCAUUACGCAAAGCAUUGCUCAUCCUUGCGAUCGUAGGACUCGCGCGUGCACAACAACCGAUCGACAAGAUAUUCUUCCCCGAGAACGACACCAUCUUGAAUUUCGCGAACCGUGUCGGAGAAGGUGACAGCACCGGUUUCCAGGCUGGCCAACCGGAUCCACUGGACGCGAUCACACCAACCGUACGACCACAAACCCUGCUGACGGCCCAGGGCGAACGAUGCACGUGUGUGCCGUACUUCACCUGCCAACCGCAACCGGAAUUUGCCGAGCAGAACAAGUUCAACGAGAUUAACGUCAACUACAAUCCUGAAAGCUGCCAGGACGUGCUGGAUGUGUGCUGCCGGGAUAUCGAUUCGCUCGUGGUGCCGAUGAACAACACACCCGGUGAACCUCCGGUCGGGCGAGCACGCGGUUGUGGCCUCCGCAACAUUGGUGGUAUUGACUUUACGCUGACCGGAAACUUCAACAACGAAGCAGGCUUCGGUGAGUUUCCUUGGACUGUGGCCAUCGUCAAGACGCAGGAUGGAAGCAGCAGCUGCGGUGGUUCGCUCAUCCACCCAAAUCUCGUUCUCACGGGGGCACACUGUGUUCAGGGUUUCCGGAAAGGCCAGCUGAAGGUGCGCGCCGGUGAGUGGGACACGCAGACGACAAAGGAACGUCUACCCUUCCAAGAGCGUGCGGUAACCCGCGUCAACAGCCACCCGGAGUUCAACCCGCGUAGUCUUGCCAACGACAUCGCGGUACUGGAACUCGACCAACCGAUCCAGCUAGCGGAACACAUCAACGUCGUGUGUCUUCCGCCGGUUAACUUCGAUACGCGUCGUACGGAUUGCUUCGCCAGCGGUUGGGGCAAGCACCAGUUCGGUAAGGCAGGCCGGUACAGUGUGAUCAUGAAGAAGGUUCCACUGCCGCUGGUAGCUUCGUCGACUUGCGAGCGUCAGCUACAGGCAACCCGGCUUACUUCACGCUUCCGACUGCACCAAACGUUCAUUUGUGCGGGUGGCGAACGGGGUGUGGACACGUGCGAAGGUGACGGUGGAGCACCGCUUGUGUGCCCGAUCGGAGCUGCCAGCGAGAACCGGUACGCGCAGGUUGGAAGUGUCGCGUGGGGCAUUGGUUGCCAUGAUGCCGUCCCCGGCGUUUAUACGAACGUCAUCCUGUUCCGGUCGUGGAUCGAUAAUGUGGUGCGAACGCUUGGAUUUGAUACGACCGUGUAUGAUGCGACGCAGUCUGCGUUUUCGCAACUGUUUGUCUGAUCGGAAGGUGUCUUUUUAAUUUUAUCCUCUUCAACGAAACAUCUAGAACACCAGAACGCUAGAAAUAAAAUCGAAACGCGAAAGCACGCAUUCCG